AUGAGAAGAAACUUAUCUUGCCUAGAAAUCCUAAAAGAAUGCAAGCAAUCCCCUUCAGGCCGUUGAAGCACAGAGCUUUUUCCUAAAAAAAAAUUAUUGCGUAGAUCUCAAUUAUCAUUUCAUGCUCAAACUCCAAAUUUAUGAAAAACAAGUGUUACGCCAGCCGCUACAAGUCGAAACCUUGUAGCUUCGAAGGCACAGUUUGAAAUAAACAGAAUUAAGGCUAACCGUGAAAAUACGAAACGAGACGAUGAGUCUAAUAUUGAAGACGACAGCUUUGAAGAUAAAUAUGACCAAGCAGAAGGAAAGUUCACAAGUAAAUUUGCUGGGACUUUUACAAUUCCAAGAUCAAAAUUCCAGUUAGCGUCAGGGCCUGACUGGCUACCUCCUGUAGACCGAGGAAAAGAAACUUCUCCUACAAAUAUUGAAGAACUUCAGCUUGUGACUGCUUCUUCUUUAAAACAUGCAGAGUAUUUACAAAGUUUUCAACAAAAAAAGCCCCAAAAAAGGUAUAUGAAAAGUCUGAAAAAUAGUUUAAGAGAAAUGAAAAACCUUAAACUGACUGCAGAUGAUAUAUGGAGAAUGGACAAAAUAAUACCAAAAGAGCCUUAUCAUAAAAGUGGUGCUAAAGAAUUUCUCCAAGCUUGCAAAGAUGGAAAUGAGAUUAAAGCUAUGGCAAUGGUUGCUGAAGAUAAACAUAUUAUCCAUGUUUUCGACUCUAUGGGAAUGACUGGACUGCAUUGGGCAUGCAUGAGAAAUUUUGUCAAUUUAGCAAGAUUUUUACUAGAAAAUAAAGCAUAUAUAAAUACCGCUGAUUAUGUAAAAGCUAUGUAGUUUCAUAGGACACCUAUGCAUUUAGCUGCAAAGAUUGGUAGUGAAAGACUUAUAAAUUUAUUGAUAGAGUAUAAAGCAGAUCCUUUAAAAUUUUCUAAUGGAAAAAAAUUGCCUGUGCAUAUGACGAAAAAUGAAGCCAUCAAAUUUAGAAUUAGAAGGUAUAUGAUGGUAAAUUUCAUAUAGGAAAAUUAUGUUCAUCAACUGAAAAAGAAGUAA